CGGCAACUUCCCGCCCCUCUCACCCUCCUCUCUCUCUCAUCCAGCCUCCCGUCGCCCCCUCCUCGCCCUCCUCGUUCUCCUCGCCUGCUCGCCCCGUUUCCCCCACCCGCAGCACCGCGUGCACCGUUAGCUCUUCCGGCUCAGCGUAGAUCCGCGCGGCGCUGACAAAGAUUACGCAUACCUCGCCUCGAGAUCCUGAUUCCUGACGCAACCAACCCACGAGAGCAUCUUUACAGCAAUGGACCCCUUCGGCGGCGUGCAGUCCUUCUGGGACCUCUCCUCCCAGCCCAGCACCUUCUCAGCCCUCCCCGACGACGACUUCCUCGCCUUCCUCGAGAAGCAAUUCCCCUCCUCCGUAGGCAACAACGGCCUCACCACCUUCGAUGGCAUCACCGCCCCAGAGGUCGUCGACCCCCAGAGCCUCACCCGCUACCCAAUAUCGGGCGCCAGCCCGCCCUCCAGCGAUAGCAGUCCCAGUCCACCCAGCGUGAAUACCGAGCACAGCCCGUCUCGGCGCCAGUCAGGAUCCUUCAACACUCCUGAGCAGGAGGAGCAGGGUCUCAAGCGCAAGGCCAGCAGCGAGAGUGUAUCCGGUGAGCCCUCGCACAAGAACCAGCAUACAUCGAGCGCCAACAAGAAGUCGUCGACCGCCGCACGGCGCAAAUCGACUGGCAAUGCGGGACAGGGCCGUGACGAUGCUCGGUUACUCAAGCGUAAGGAGCAAAAUAGGGCAGCGCAAAGAGCAUUCAGGGAGCGCAAGGAAAAGCAUGUCAAGGAUCUCGAAGACAAAGUUGCCGAACUGGAGGCCAAAAACCAGACGACCGAAUCGGAGAACGAGAACCUCCGGGACCUUCUCUCGCGACUGCAGAAUGAGAACAUGAUGCUCAAGCAGGCCGCCUUCACUUUCUCCGUGCCACGGGAUAACGCACCCAACAUGGCCAACGGUAUCCCCGCAUCGGGCUCAAUGCCGCAGUCGUUCAACUUCGCAUCACCUGGAGCGGGCUCGAGUCGCACACAGACAGCGCCAGCUAUGAACUUCAACUCGCUCAUCUCCUUCGACCCGAACGCUAUGAACGACGAGCCGACGGCGACGGAGGGAGCGAUGAACAUGGACUUCGGAUUCGGCCAGCCGCACUGCUCAUACAAGACAAUCGCGGCGAACCCGAUGUUCAUGUCGUUCGCGGAGCCGUCGCCGUACGACUCGCCGCCGUCGUCAAAUGGCGGGCAGAGUGGCAAUGGGUCGUAUGGCAGCAGUAGUUUCAGCAGUCCUUUCGACCACUGGUCACCACCUGCGGGCGACUCCAAUGGCCUCGACCAGCUCUUCGGUGGUAACUACCUCGGGACGACAAAUGGCGUGGACUUCAACGCGCUGCUUAAGAGUCCGCCAUCAUCAAUUAGCCCCGUCUCGCACUUCCGCUCACCAUCAUCAUCUUCGCCAGGCUCAUCGUCGUCUGCGGCGAGCCCAGGGUCAAAUGGGCAUAAGACCGAGCAGUGUCCGAAGACGAAAGAGGACAUGGCGAAGCACAUCGUAGAGCAGGGCAACUCGGCGUUCGCGCAGUGCGAGAUGCCGAUGGCGCCGUUCCUCAGAAAGGCGGUCGCGGACGAGACGGGCGGGCCGAUGAUCAUGUGCAAGGGGAGCUCGUUCCCGCCGACAGAGAAGAGUGACAAGAAUGUGGAGGUGCUCACCGCAUGGCGGAGCAUCACAAGCAAUCCGCAGUUCAAGGUCAGUAACGUCCGUAUGUGUUACUACGAUCCUCGGGGCUUGGCUGACACCGUGCGCGCUGUAGGAUCUGGACAUCAACGAGCUCUGUUCGGAGUUCACAAGCAAGGCGCGGUGCGACGGGACGAAGGUCGUGCUCGAGCCGCAGGGCGUGCACCACAUCAUCGAGACGCUCGCGGCGAAGCGGCAAGCGAAGCAGUAGACGUGCGUGCGUGCGCCCGCCGAGCAUGCACCAGCCAGGGCACGCCGCGUUGCUGUCGUCCCGCUCGUGCGUGUGUUCCCGCCUCCCCGCGGUGUUUUAAAUGGUCUUUCGGGUCGAAGUCGGAUUGCUGGGUCGGGUCGUGGUCGCGGGAGGGCGGGCUGGUCUGGUGUCGUAGUAGAAGGUGUGAGGACUCGACGCGUGGGCUGGCGCGGCGGAUUAGGUCGGCCGCGCCGCUGCGUUCCGCGUUGAGCGUGUCGUCGUUGUCGUUGGUUGUUGGUGCGGCUGUCGGACGUCUUCCCGCCGGCCCCGCGCCAGGUCAUGUCGUAUCGUGUAUAGUAUUGAUUCAUGUCGUCUUAUCUCUCAUCGUAUCAUUGUCUCAUCGUCUCACCGUCUCGUCCAUCACCACCACCACUCUUCUACUCACCGUCCGUCGCAUUGCGCCCCUUGCUCGGCGCUUGUAUACCGUCCAUGGUAAUCUCUGUUCUUCCGUUCGUUUGGUCUAGCCCGUCUGUCAUGCAGACGUGGAUGGCCCGUAUCACGGUUGUUGCAGUCCUUGUGUGUCUCCAAAUUCGUUCUAUCGUUCAUGCUCGUUGUUCAUGAAUUAUUCAUACGUAGUAAUGAUAUUCAUCUCAUCAGAGGGAUCCGGUCCGCUGUGCAGCUGCUAGUGCACGUUCUGGUGUGCCU